AUGGCAGACGAAGUGGAUGAUACAAUUUUUGACAGAAUUGCGCGGAAAGAAAUACCCGCUACAUUCCCACACGAAGACGAACAGUGUGUAGUGAUAAAAGAUAUUCAUCCGCAAGCUCCUCAUCACUUCCUGGUCAUCUCGGUAAAAGAGUUGAGGAAGCUGGAAGAUGCUGCCGAGACAGACCAACAGUUACUUGGUCACAUGAUGUGGGUUGCUACAAAAGUUGCCAAAGAGGAAGGCAUCACUAAUGGUUACAGAAUAGUUAUUAACGACGGGGCAGAUGGAGGCAAGAAUGUUUACCAUCUCCAUCUACAUGUGCUAGGAGGAAGGAAAAUGAGUUGGCCACCAGGAUAAUAGAGUCAUCUGUGUUAAAGCAUUGUUCCUCCAGAUGUACAUCUUUUUUAACAAACACUACGUUUAGGGUUCUUGUUAACUGUAUAGUACAACUUAAAUCUUAACAGCACAGUAGUUGACUAUACAUUUUACAGACUACAAAAGUGUUUAUGUUUUAUGAGUAAUGCCAAGAACUGUGUUUCACUUUCUGUUCACAAUUAUUUAUACAUGAUUGUCUUAUGUUACAUUAAUUUAAAGAGGACUUUAAUCUGGAGGAAUGAUCCAAACUAUUAUAUUUUGGACAAAACAAUGACCCAUUUUGAUCAUUAGACACAUUAUUUGUCAUAUUAUACGAGUCAUAUCCAUUUAUUUUUCUAACUUGCAUUAAUUAUCACGGCUUUCCUAGCUGGAUAUAUAUGUAGGCCGUGAGUUUAUAUUGUUUUGUUAUUCCUACCAUCAGCUUACAGUGGCAAAUACAAGUAAACUCACGACAACAGAGUACAUGUAUUGUCAAUAAAAGACUUACAAAAUUCUUAGAAAUGUUGCUCCACUAAAUAAUAUAACUUAAUUCUGUUUUGUGAACUUUGAAGUUUUGCAGACACACUUAGUACCUAACUCCUUAAAAUAAACAUUCAGGAUUUGUGUUAUUUGUGUUUUUACUUUCCUGUUGCUAUAGAAAAAUGUAAAAAGCUUUAUUUGUAUUUACACUGGAAAA